UCCCUCCGGAAGUAGAGUUAAUUUUUAUUCACAGGAAAAAAACAGCUGUUGUUGAAAAAGAAAACAUCAAAGUGAGUUCCACCAGCGCAUGCCUUGUCUUUAUCUCUCCACAGACCUAAGUACCCAUGCCAGCCCCAAAAGGAGGAGCAGAUUCCCAUGAUGCUCAGCCUCAGAUGAAGAAGCUGGAUGAGGAUGGGGAGGCUCUGCCAUCCAAAACUGCACCAGCUCCACAUAAUAGUUCCCUCAAAGCAGAAGAAAAGACAGAAGCCCACCGAACUAAGAUAAAACGGUCUGCUUCGGCAGAAAGAGGAAUUAUACCUGCCAAGUCAUCUAAACAGAGUUCCCCUUCAGAGGAUUCCAGCAAAACCAUCUCUGAUCCACCUGUUAAAAAAGCCAAGCUCCUAAAAGCCACAAGUGCCUCCUGCGGAGAUGCUCCCUCAGAGAAAGAGAUCUCCAAAGCUUCACUAAAGCGGACAGCCUCCACAGACUCUGAGGAUGAGUUUAGUGGUGAUGGUAGUAAGACUGGCUUCUUUAGAGAGAGGGAUGAAGGAGAUAAAGCCCGCUGCAUCCGGAAAUAUUCAAACAGAGUCAAAGCUAAGCGUAAAGCUGAAGAGCCCCUGUCUGACCCACAGGACACGAGCCAGGAGUCACCAACUGAACCGCCUGGCACUAUUCAGAUGGACCACAAUUAUGGUAGAUUUUCUGAUUCAUCAAGUUCUCAGAGUCUGGGGGAGACUUUUCACGAGGAGAAAAAAGAAUUUGUUACUGAAAGUGAGGGUCAAGAAAGUGUAGUUCAUGCCACACAAGCAGAAUCAAAGGACACUGUGGUAUUUGCUGCUGAAAGUAAACAUGAGGAAAUUCAAACUUUAAAAAGCCAGAGGCUCACAGAUAAUGAAGCACCAGCAUCUUCCAGAGAAAUAUUUGACUGUUACACUGCAAAAGUUCCAGAUACACCUGGCGUCACAUCUGAGGCAGGAGAAAGUGAAAAGAAGGACAUUGAGGAUUACACAAAGAGUCAGAAAGGCACUGUUGGUGUAACACAUGCAUCUCCUGUGGAAAAGCUCUAUUGUAGUACUGGAGAGGAAAAUCUUUCUGCAGGUGUAGAAGUGUUGUCUCAUGAAACAAGCAAUGGUAGAAUACCAGAGAGACAGACUGAGGACAAUCCAAUGACAACAACAGAGUCUGUUGGAAAUCCAAUGACUCAAACAGACCUCAGUUUCAAAAUUCAAGUUACUUUUAAAGCAGAAUCAAAAUCUGAGCAUCUGGACGCGGUAAGCAAUCAGGUACCAGAUACAAAUAUGAACUCAUGUGACGUGAACAAAGUUAGAAAGUCAGAAGAAAAGGUUGAAGGUAGUGAAAGAAAAGACGUUAAAUUCCUAGCAAGUCAGACUGUUGAUGGACCUCCUCCUUUAAUUGAUCAACAGUUAAGUCCAGAGGUGAUUGAAAAGACGACUAAGAGCUGUACUGAAACACUGAAAUCAGAUUGUAAGGCUGUCCAAGAGCAAAAUCAAAGAGACGUGCUUGCUGGUUGUGUCACAGCUUCAGAGGGUCAGAUAGAUGUCGACACAAAGACUAAAAUAACAUCAGAGGAGAAGUCUGACUCAGCACAAAGACACAAGAACCACAGGCUGACAACUACAGAAAUACCUGUUGAAGUCAGAGAAAAUUCUUUAAGUAUGGAAGAAGAAAAGAAGAUACCACAGUAUCUUAACGUCAGAAAGGAUACGCAGGCUUCAGAAACAUAUCAGCAGCAGAAACUGUCCAUUCAAGCUGCUACAGUGGAAAUACAAAGCCAAAGGAGCCAAGACGUCUUUGAACAGGGCACAGACAUUUCUACAAAAUUCAGUCAGGAUUAUGUUGUCAAUUCCAAAAGAACUGAAAAUGAAGACAAAGUGGGAAUUGAACCGGCUACUGGACUUGAGAGUCAAAUCAGAACAGAAACACAGAUGACUCCGACUUCAGAGUCUUCUAAUCAAACACCUGCAGGUGAAGUAAACAACCAGGGAGUCAGUGAAUGCACCGCAGACAUAUUGAUUCAGGGUCAACAGGAUGUUGUGAUUGAAAAUUCUGAAAUGUUUGAAAACAAAGACAUGGGAAACGAUGAUUCUACGAGUGGACCUGAGGAUGUGACUGCAGUGACACCUGUGGUUUAUACAAUGGAGGUACCAAGCUGGGAGUGUUCAGAAGUCAGUGAAAAAACCUCAGACAUGUCUGAUAAAAUCCAGAGACUUCCAGUCGCAAAUUGCCAGGACACUGAAGAUGAUGGCAGCAUUCAUGCUGAAUGUGUUAAUGCUGCUGCUGAUAUUCAAAUAAACAUGGGCAGGCAGACUACCGCAACAUUGUCAGAGGUUUCUGAUGCAGCACCAACAAUAGAAGCAGAAGUUCAGAAGAGCCAAAAAGCUACUAAACCUCCAGCAGACAUAUCUGAAAACGUGCAUGAAGGAUUCACAGUUCAGACUCCUGAGACUGAGAAUGAAAGCAGGAUAAACACAGGAGGCGGCAUUGCAACUAAGAAUCAAAGAGAAAUGGAUUUGCAGACAACGACAACGCCAGGAGAGUUUUCUGAUCAAGCAGUAACAGUAGAAAAUCAACAGAAGAGUGGUCAAGAUGUCAGUGAACCUACCACAGAUAUUGAAGUACAGAGGGACUUUAUCAAUGCUGAAACUGAGAAUGAAGAAAGAAAAGGAAAUGUAAUCACAGAAUCUGGGGAUUCUGCUGAGAAUCAAACAGAAAUGGAUUCACAAGCAGCAACAGAGGAGAUUAUUAUUCCAAUAUCACCUGUGGAAAUACAAAGCCAGGAGGUCAAUGAACUCAACACAAAAUAUAUCGUGACUUCAGGUUUUGAGAAUAGCAAGGUUACUUCCAAAUCUGAUGUUGCACCAGAUGUUCUCAUUGAUAUGGAAACCCCAGUAACAGCUGUGGCAAAUGGCAUCCCAAAUCCUCUUCCUUUGGUGGAUGCUGGGAAUACAGAAAAUCAAAACAUGCAGCCAAACUCAAGAGUUGAGAAUAUGCAAGCAAAUUUGGAUCUGAUCGGUGGAUUGAUAGGAAGUGCAGAUUCUACAUUACCAGAGGAAACAGGGAGGCAACUAAUUAAUGAGGUCAAAGACGAGGAUGCGAUCGUUUGCUCUGAUAAGGAUGAGAAAGCAGUGAGAAAUAAUGAAGGGCAUGUUGAAGGAACUGGAAGCCAUGAGGUAUUAGUUUUUGUUUGUGACCAACCAGACGACACUAAUGUUGUAAUUCAGGCACCAGAAGAGAUUAAGACACAUAACCGGCCAGAGAUUGAGAUCCAUGAAAACCAGGUGGUGUAUGAGCCUAUUAGCAGUCCGGAGAGUAAUGAUGAAAGAGAGAUUCCUGCAGCAUCAGAGAACCAUAACGGUAUGUCGUUACUGGAUGUACAGAUCACUGAGACCCAGCAGAUUGAAGGAGAUUCAUCUGCAAAAGAAGAAAACAGGGAAAUCUGUAACCAACAGUUGGAUGCUGCGGAGCAACAAAUUUGUGCCUCUGACAGCCAAGAAGUUGAAAUGGAAGUGCAGACGAUCAGUGUGCCAGAGAGUUGUGUCUCUGCACAGUUUGAGCAGGGUGAAACAAGUGUGGAUGGGAAGCAAGUGGCAGUGAUCAGCUCCAGUGAUGACAUCAGCACACCAGAUGGCCAGUCUGAAGUUGCGGCAAAGAAAAGUGAAAGAAACGGGUAUCCACACUGCAUAGGUGGUGCAGAGGUUUCUGAACAGGUGCAGGAGGACGCUGGACUAGAAGGGGUGUCGGACGUCACAGUGACGACAACUACGGCCACAACUGAAGUUGAAAUACCAGACAGUACAUCCCAGGAGUUUGUAAUGUUGGAACCAGUCCAUGAGAGUGAAAUUCACUUUGAUAUUGUCACUCAAGCAGCUGCAGUAUCAGGGUUGUCGGUCUCACUCACGGAGCAGGUGAAUCCAGACAGUGCUUUUCUUAGUGAUGAGGGAAAACACAAAGUGUUGAAUGGUUCAGAGCUAGCCAUUUCCAUCUCUGAGGCAGAAGUGUCUCACUGUCAAACAACUGGCGAGCUUGAGUAUCCAACAGUGUCCAAUUCACAUGAGGUUUUAGAUUUGGAGACCAAGCAGGGGGUUGAAAUUUCUUCUGAGAUUGGUGUUGAAGUUAUUCAAAAUAAUGACCAAAGUCAGCAACCCUCAUCUGACAUGAUGGAUGUUAAUAUCCCAGAGAUUGAAACAACAAACUCUCAGGUCAUAAAUGAAGAUAGCAAUGCACUGGUGUCUGAGCAUCCUGAAAGUAAUGUGAUUUUACAAGAAGUGCAGCUUCUGGAGGACAUUGAGAUUGCACAUGAGAUUGUAGUUGCAGAGGACGAUAAUGAGGAAGAUAGUGACAUUCUAAUAAUAGAGAAGCCUCAAGAAACGCCGGACAUCAUCCCCGAUAAAAUCUCUGAGAUAAAGGUUGAGACAAAGAAAGAUAAAAAUCGUGCAACCAACUUGAAACAGAACAGCACAUCUGUAGAAAAACCCAAGAAACAAGAAAUGAACACUCAGGCCAGAACCAAAGCUCGCCUGGCAGCUCUGGCUGAGCAAAAGGCUGCAGCAGCUAAGAAACCAGCAAACAGACAGCAGAUGAAUCUCUUGGCACUGUGUCAGGAGAUAGCAGAGGACAUUGCAACUGACAGCAUGCUGUUGAAGAGGAUAGAGGAAGAAAAGCAAGCAGCAGCAGCUGUGGCGGCGGCGGCAUCAGCAGCUGCGUUGGCGUUAGCAGCAGCCAAGAGCGAGGCCACCAAGAAGGAAAGUCAACCUGAGAACACACAGGAAGUAGAAACUGUUAAUGUUGCUACACCUGCAGGACCAGAAGGAUGCUCUGCUCCUGUGACCCCUGCUACUAAGGAGGAAUCUGUAGCCCAGGUCUCCCCAGCUGUUUCAGCUGAGGCUAAGCCUGCUGCAGAGACUCCAAAAAGACGCUUCUUUAUCACACAGGUUUCUGUACCACUGAAAGCCCACGAGAAGAAGAAGCUGACGAGAUAUCAGAGACUAAGACAGGUUGAGCUGCAGAGAGAGAAAAUGUCUUGGGCACGAGUCAAGAAACUUAAGUCUGACCAAGCAAAUCAGAUGUUUUCGGACAUGGACUGGCAAGGACCCAUGUCUUCAUUCUCUGUGACUCCUGUGACCCUGGCUUCUCAACCUCCAGCAAGUCCAUCCAAAACCUCUCUCCCAAGUCCCUCCUCCGCUAGCAAGCCUGCAACACCCAAGGCAGAAGUUUCAGAAGUUGAUAGUCCAAAAGUUGAGCCCAGUAAAGCUGAACCCACUAAAACGGAACCCCCUAAAAGUGACCCUACCAACGCACAACCUGCCAAAACUGAGCCCACCAAACCUGAAGUUGCCACAACUCAGGCCUCUAAAAAUGGGACCCCUGUUGCUGAAACCCGUAAAUCUACAAGGCUAAGUAAGGUUCAAGCUUCUAAAGUGACCACAACUCCAGGGCCGGCUCCAAAAGUGACCAGAUCACCUGCCAAGAGGACCCUCCCAGCAGUACCUCCUCCCAUGCCCAAUGGACUUAAAGCCCAAAAACAGAAGCCUGUUGAGUACAUUCCAUACAAACCCAGACCAAAGUAUACCUUUGAAGACUUUGAACUGGAUGAUGACCCGUUACCUACAGCUCCAAAAAGGCCAAUCACUCAGACAAGGCCCACACAGCCGACACGACCAAACGUUCAGUCAAACCCCACAGCUCAAGCUAAACCCACUGUUUCAUCACAACUUGCAAAUCAGGCAAAACUCAAAGCCCAGACCACACCUACUGGACAAAUCUCAGGUCAGUCAAAGCCCUCUUGCUCCCCAAGUCCACAGUCAAAGGCUGCUGUCACAACAACACCUCAGUCAAAGGCCCCAACUACUAAAAGUGCCCCCUCAGCCCAAGCUCAAUUAAAGUCUCCUGCUUUGACGACGACUCAUCCAAAAGCUGCUUCAGCUCCUGGCCAGUCCAAGCCAGCUGCUUCUGCUUCACUCCAGUUAAAGCCUACUGGUGACGGAGUUCCAUCCCAGAUCAAGCAGUCCACUUCAACAUCACGUCCGCCUGCUGGUUCAACCACAUCUGAAACAAAACCUGCUGCUGCUGCCUCUAAGGCUGCUCCUCAACCCCCAAAUCCAACGUCAUCAGACGACAGCAAAUGCAACGAAACGGCUGAUUUGCCUUCCUCUGCCAACAUCUCUGUCGCUGCAGACGUAAACUCUAAGGGGUCUGAUGUGAAGUGUGAAGAAAAACUUGCAGGUGCUGCCGGUGAUCCUCCUCCCGAAGUUAAAACAGAAACGGACAAGACAUCUGAACCUUCUCAAGGAGCAGUGAAGCCAAAAGAAGGCGAGACUCCUCUCUCUGAUGCUUCUCUGCAAAAAGAAGUGAAGAAACUAAAGGAGGCAGAUAAAGACGGCACCCAAACCAUUAUUGACGCAGGACAGAAGCAUUUCGGAGCGGUGGCCUGCAGUGUGUGUGGGAUGCUCUAUUCAGCUGCCAACCCUGAAGAUGAAUCUCAGCAUUUACUCUUCCACAACCAGUUCAUCAGCGCUGUCAGAUACGUGGGAUGGAAGAAAGAGAGGAUUCUGGCUGAGUUUCCUGAUGGAAAAAUCAUCCUUGUCCUGCCAGAUGAUCCUAAAUAUGCUCUGAAGAAGGUGGAGGAGAUCAGAGAGAUGGUGGACAAUGACCUCGGCUUCCAGCAGGUGGAGACCAAGUGUCCCUCUAAAACCAAGACUUUCCUCUUCAUCUCCAACGACAAGAAAGUGGGUGGAUGCCUUAUAGCAGAGCAUAUACAAGAGGGGUACAGAGUGAUUGAGGAGCCUGCACCCCAGGGCUCAGAGGGUGAGAAGGUGAUGUUUGAACGGCAGAGAGCUUGGUGUUGCUCCACGACUGCGGAGCCGGCCAUCUGUGGCAUCAGCCGCAUCUGGGUUGUCAGCAUGAUGAGACGACAAAGCAUCGCCUCACGCAUGCUGGAGUGCCUCAGAAACAACUUCAUCUACGGUUCAUACCUGAGCAAAGAUGAGAUCGCUUUCUCCGACCCGACACCUGAUGGGAAACUCUUUGCCACACAUUAUUUUGGCACUUCUCAGUUUUUGGUUUAUAACUUUGUGAGUGGAACGCCCAUGUCCCAGCCCAAAACUGAUGCAGUAUGACAGUCUCCAGGAAAGGUAACAUUGGAUUUAACCAAGGCACUCACUGACCAACGGGACGCGCCAUCUCUAAACGGUGUCUCACACAGAAUCUUUUAUUUGUAUAACAACUGAAAAAAACUGUAAAUUAUUCCUUGGAGAGGACACAUUGGUUUAAAUCUCAGGAUUAAAACAACAAAGUGUUGUUUACAAAAAAAAAAAAACAUUAAUUCACCCUUUAAACCCUUCCUGAAUAGUAUUUUGGAACAAAGAAGAGUAUUUUCUUUAUACAUUUUUAAGUGAACAAUUGCUUUUAUUAAAAGUGUAGAGUUCUCGUGCAUGACCUGACAGCAAUAGAAAACAGAGCAAUUCAUUCUUUUAAGCAUACUGCAUAAACUCAAGUUUUCCCCUCAUUCUUUUAACAUUGAUGAUACCUACAGAUCACAACUGUACGACAUCUGUUUGGCGGUAAAGGUUGAAUUUCGUUCCACACGAUUGCCCUUGAUUUCAGCGUCUUAUUUUAACAUUUGAAAUGAAUCACCCCUAACCAGAUGAUCUCAUCGCUUGGACUCAUUUCAACCAAUUGGAUGGAGAGAUGUGGGUCAGAUGAACUGUAGCUUGGGCAUUAAUCGUGUGCUCUAAUUUUCUUAGAUCACAUUGCCUGUUUUCCAAGCUGAGCCAUAUACUGUACACCGUUUAGCAGGGCAUUGUAGCCUAAACUGUAUGAGUGAUCUUUUUUUUUAUUUUCCACAAAGGCUGUCUAUUGCUUUGUUUGUGCCUGAAUGAAUAAUGUGUGACUUAAAAAUGUGUUGUUUUUGUUCGCCUGCCAUUCUUUAUGGCUUUUUUUAUGGCAUUAGUCUAGAGUAUCAUCAUGCUAUUUCUUAGUAAAAAUCAGAUUAAAAAUGUAUAUCAAAUUAUCAUGUAGAUUUAUGCAUACUAUAACAAAAUGUCUAAAGAAAUGAUGUGCAUGGUGAGGUUAUAACUGGUAUUUGAAAGACGGUCACCCAGCCUUUAUGAGUGCAAAUAGGAAUAUUUGCUCAGGGGUUAACACGAGGGGAUUGAGAUUAAACUGCCUCUCACAACACACAUUUACAGCAUCAUUGUAAUCCAUCCCUUUUUUUUCUUUCCUCUUUAUGCUUUUAGAACGGUGUCAUUAAGAAAAAAACUUUGAUUUAUAUGAAGCUCUUAUGUAAAUAUUUAUUUAAAUAAUAAACAGUUCAAAACAUC